UUCAAAUAUCAAGCAAUUCAGUUUUCUAACUCUAUGUGAAAAUCCGUUCAAAUUUCAUGUUUCGUCAAUAAAUUAUUUGAAAAGCAAUGGGAAAGAAGUUUUGCUAUUCAGAGCUACAGGCAGCUACUCAGACAACACAGCGGAUUGCGAAUGGAAGGAGUUAUGGCCAGAUAAGUCAAGAUCAAUUGGAGAAGAAUCCGAAUGCCGAGAUGGAGGAUGAGGGCGACGGGUCAAUGGAAUGUCCCAAGAAGUCAACGCAGAUGAAUGUAAUGCUGGGUAACCUGGCCCAUGGUUACUUGAAGUUGGCGGACCAAAUCCAGGCUCAACUUUGCCCUCCACCUUCGACUCCAUCUCCGCCUCCAGUUGACCAAGUUGAGGAAAAACGGGAGGUGGGUGGAGAGAUCCUUCAAGAUACGCAGGCCAAAGAGGAAAUCUCAGAGUCUUCGGAGGAAAACUCUGAACCUUGCAUUGGCUUUGUCGAUUUAUUCUGGCGCAGUCUUCAUUUCGCGUUGGACAUUCCCCUCACUCCCUUGGAACUUUUCUCCAUGGAAUGCCAGCGAAGGGAAGAAUCGAAGGCUAGAACUCUCGGCGGCUUUCGAUCUGACGACUCAUCAAUAAGUUCACAGAAUAAACUUCAGGAAUGUGAACCUCAAGAAGUUCUAUUCAAUAGAGCUUUUUCUAGAGAGUCUCCUUCAACCGAAACGAAAAAUCCUCCAAGCACUAUCUUUGAACCGCACAUUUCAAAUUUACCAUUUGAACAUAAAAGAAGUGACCCAGAAUAUUUACUUGAUGAUCAAAACCCCUCGAUAAAUUGUUCAGAAAUUGAGCUAGAUCAGUAUUCGCAUACAAACCAGAGUCAAAGUUUGGCAAACAGAUUCCCCAAGAAAAAUUUCUCCCAAAAUUUAUCAUAUUUUAAAUCUGUUCUUGGCUCCUUUCAUGUACCAGAAAAAAAUCAAAGCCAAAAUCCAAUUGUUCAAACGACAACCCAAGACUCUAAAACAGUACCUGAACAAUCUCAAAUUCGAAAUUCUAUACCAACACGAAGGUGUGUUAAAUUUCCUGCUCAAAGUCCAAGCAAAAUGUUGGAAAAAGUAAGACAUUCCAAUCAAAAUGCUAAAAAGAAAUGUACAAAUCCGGAAAAUGGAAAAUACGUUGACUGCAGAAGAGCUUGUGAAAUGGAGCCCUGCGGUUCUAUGAAAACUCGCAGAUGCCUUGAGCAAAACGAAGGUUCUAAGAAGCAAGUCACAAUUAACAAAAGAAAUCUAUCAAAAGUGUCUUUAACUCCACGUUGGAUUCCUGGCAGGCGAGAAAGUAAGCUUUACCGAUCGAAUCCCCAAAAUGAUAGCAGAACUAAUGAAGCUCCCAAAUUAAACGAUUCCAAAACAAAAUUAAAAACGUUGCAGACAAUAUUAUCACCCAGACGUUUGAAAGAAUGUCAUAGCAGUGGCAGUGAGGACUUCAACAAAAGUUCUAAGAGUUCUUCUCUAGAGGAAUUCGAUGAACACUCGAAGACCCUGCCCAAAGGUGAGCCUAAAAAAUUGUGCCUGAAGAAGUCGCGUAGUUCAGAUGGUCUAGUUCCAUUACAUUCCACCGAUACAUUUGCGGAAGUCUGGAAAAAAACUGGCUUUGGCAAUGGCCAAAAGGCCGAAAAGCAUCGAAUGGGUGGACUUUACAGUCAGGGCGAUAAGCUAAAGUUUCAGCCCAUAGAUCGAUUGGAUGUUGGCUGUGCUAGUCUGCCUCUUUUCAAGGAAUCUGAGGAGACCGGCGAGCGGACCCAGUACUUUGUGACCGAGUUCGAUAGACUCAGCCACGCGGAAAGAGUGCAGGACAUCGAGUUGAGAAUGGUUCAAUUGCGUUUGCUGCAAUUCACCUCGGAUCAGGAAUAUUUCCGGCACUUUAGGGAUCAGAGGGGGAUCUUCAAGCCGGUGCUGACGAAUUCGGUGAAGUACGGAUGUCCUUUGAAUCACCACCACUGUCCGGCCGUGAUGAAUGCCACUCUCUUGAGUCACUUUGUGAGCCAGCAUUUGAACGAACCCGGUGUCGAACUGCGUGAGGUUUUCGAGAGCGAUCGAGUGCUGAUUAUCUUCAGACCACAAGCAUUUCAGCUGGGCAAGAACACCUGUAUGUCGGUGCUUGUCUACGGUGGCAUUCGGCGUGAGCCUUGCACUCUGCCUGUGCAGAGAUUUAUGCCCACCCAGAAUAUCCAUUUGCCAGAAGCCUUUGUCCGCUACUCCGGACAUCUGCCGCUCUUCGUGAUGAUCUGCAGAAAUCGUUUGAGCAGCUGGAAGGGCAAAAAGGUGCGAUUCGAGGGACUGGAUGAAGAUGACAAGGAUACCGUCGCCCUGUGGAUGGCCAGCAUGGAUCUGGCGCAACCCGUUCAUGUGGUGAUGACCAUAAUCAACCGGCGACUGGACAUCACCAGGAGUUCGAUCAUGAAGGUGAGGGAACUCCGCAAGUCACACGAUUGCCUGGAAUUUAUGCCAUCGAGCAGGCAGUAUAUGCGACUAUGCGAUCAGGACUUACGAGUCCUCACCAACGAUCAUACGGAACCGCUCUACUUGGAGAUCUCUGUGAAGGAGUAUGCCGGUGUUUUUCCCUGCCGUCAUUCAAUCCCCUGCAAAGGUGUCAACUAAAAAGAGAAUGGCUAUUUAAAACAUAUUUUUAAAAUGAUCCAGUCCAAUAAUGGAACAAUUUUGUAACAUUUUAUAUCUAUU